CUGCGGUCUGCCAGAGUCCAGAGGCUGGCCGGGAUCUCAGGCACAGACAGGCAGCGGGAGGUACAGACACGCGAGAGGGUGUCCGACAUCAGGUGGAACGUGGGGACAGACUGCGUGGGGACCGUAUAGCACACCUGGGGAGGAGGGAGGAUAGCAGAUUAACCAGCAGAGACGAGAAGUAAGCUUUGGAACAUCUCGAGAGGAGUAAGUUGGCAGGUUAAAAGCCGUACGCCAGCCCAACUUAUUGCAGGAAGGAAGAGGAGUGUGAGGAUUGGCCAGAGGGAGUGCAGUUCACCCAGAGAUCCCAGGAUGAAGCUCCAGGUGGCGCUGUGCGUGGCGUGCCUGCUGCUGACGGGCUCAGCACAGGACAGAGCCACCUUCCAGAGGGGCAACGACCAGAGGGGGCGCUGCCAGUACACCUUCACUGUCAGCAGCCCCAGGGAGGCCAGCUGCCCGCUGAGCGGCGGGGGGCCCGAGAUGGAGGCGCUGAAGGCCCGGCUGACGUUGCUGGAGGCGCAUGUGAGCCGCCUGGUGGGUGAGGGGCCAGGGGCGGGGCCACGAGAUGCCCAUGCCCAGGCCGAGCUUGAGCGGGCUCGGCUGCAACGGGAAAAGGAGCAACUGGACGGCACUGUGCAGGACCUUCAAGCUCGGCUGGUGGACAUGAAGCAGGAGGUGGAGAGGCUGCGGGCCCAACCCUGCCCGGCGGCAUUCCCUCAGAGCGCCGCCCUGCAGGACGGAGGCCGGAGAGCAGCCAGCGGGUCUGGCGGUGUCUCCCCGCUGGUGUCACGGUCCAUGGUGCAGAGUGAGAGGGGCAGGGUGAGAGAUUCAGCCUGGUCGCUGGGCAGCCCCGGCUACCAGGAGUUAAAGGCAGAGGUGACACAGCUGCCUGCUUCCCAGCUCACCCAGGAGGGAACCGAGGAUGACACAGGUUGCGGGGAGCUGGUCUCGGUGAGCGAGCCAGUUUCUCACCGCAAGGCGGACAACAUUGCAGGGAAGUACGGGGUGUGGAUGCAGGACCCGGAGGCGCCCCCUGGUGGCCCAUAUGGGCCACAGAUGGUCUGGCGCAUCGACACCAUCGGCACUGAUGUGCGCCAGCUGUUCGGCUACGAGGACAUGAACCAGUUCUCCCGUGGCUUCCCCACUAAGGUCCUGCUCCUGCCGGAUCCCAUGGAGAGCACGGGGGCUGUGCUGUACCACGGCUCCUUCUACUACCAGCGGCGCCUCAGCCGCACCCUCGUCCGCUACGACCUGGCCACUGAGAGUGUGGCGGCACGCCGCGAGCUGCCCCACGCCGGCUUCCACGGCCAGUACCCCUACUCCUGGGGCGGCUACACGGACAUCGACCUGGCCGUGGAUGAGCAGGGCCUCUGGGUCAUCUACAGCUCCAACAAGGCCAAGGGCAACAUCGUGGUGUCCCAGCUGGACCCCAAGAGCCUGGAAGUGAGAAAGAGCUGGGAGACAAGCGUGCGCAAGGCAGCGGUAGCCAACGCCUUCAUGACCUGCGGCCGACUCUACACGUUAGCCAGCUACACGGCGCCCAACACGACCAUUAACUAUAGCUACGACACGGCCACAGGUCAGGCCAAGGCCAUCGCGGUACCCUUCCAAAACCGCUACGGCUAUAACAGCAUGGUGGACUACAACCCCUCCCACAGGAAGCUCUACGCCUGGGAUAAUUUCCACAUGAUCAGCUACGGCGUGCGGCUAGGCAAGUUGGAUGCCAAGUGAAACUCAUAAGUGCAAAAAAAACAUAAAUACAAACACGAGUGAACGCGAACAGGCUAACAAGCUGACACGCCCCUUAUGCCACACCAGACAUCACCCCCCAAGCUGACAUUUCUUGUGUCAAAAAUUACUAAGCACACUUACCCAUGCUCCUUUGCAGCUUGAUAGAGUGAGACUGGCUGUCACAUGUCAUUGCGCAGCUUUGAUCAGCCGCUUCCGAUCCCUUGAGACCAGGGCCUGCGCCGGAGGCUAUUAAAGCUAUCUGUCAUAGGAACUGAUCUCUCAAAUGUCUCGUUUCACUGGGAUGGUUUUCGCUGUGGCACGGUCCAAGAUGAGUUGUUUUUCUAUCAUAAUCUUUGAUCAGUUGUUGUCUUGAGUGCUUAGAAGGAAAAACAGAUCACCCCAGUGCCCUUAUUCUGGGCUGCAAGGUGGCUCAGUGAGAAGCAUAGUAGCCUCACACCUCUGUGGUAGGGGGCUCAAACCCCAGGGUACGUCUGAAAUUGCAUACUUAUGCACUCUACUAAAUAGCAAACAAGUAUGUGAUUUUGGACACACACCCUGACUCUGAGUCUGUGUGUAUGCAGUUUGCAUGUUCCAUGAAUUUGUACAUGUUUCCUCCCACAGUCCUAAAACAUGUCCUUAGGCAAAUUGGUCUCUCAAAUUUCCCACAGUGUGUGUGAGUGCCCUGCGAUGGACUGGCAUCCUGUCCAGGGAGUACAUUUGCUUUGUGCACUUUGCUCCCUGCAAUAGGCUCCAGGCCAACUGGUACUGGAUAAACAAGUAGAAGAUGGAUGGAUGGAUGGAUGUCGGUCUGGCUCACAUUUUAUACCAGCAUGUGCACAGUCCGUAUUUGAUGCAGCAUUGUGUCACCAUAUCAUUCACUAUAUGUACUAGAUAAAUACAUGUAAACGACUCUCCUCUGCCUGAUCUUAGAAAGCAGAUUUUUCCACUCAGUCUAUUACUGAGAUUCAUGUUAUGUGUGUAUAAUAGUGAAACAGAUAUAUUUACAUUCAAAGUUGAAUAAAUAUUAUAUAUAUACA